ACCGGGAAAUGUAGUUUAUGGGUCCCCUGCGUCACCGUCACAGUUGCGUAAACUGUCCAUUGCUGGCCUACACUUCCCGGCGACAUGUCCACCUGUGCCACCGCGCCGGCCGGUGUCCAGAGUUCCCGAGCGAAUGUCAAGUGAAUCCGGUGGUUUUGGACCGAAGACAGCUCACCGUUUCUCCCCCGGACUACACAAACUCAGCCAUGAGGAAUCUUUUGACCAAAGCGGGCCUAAUUGGCUCGGUGUCAGUGGCGUUCGGCUCAAUGUGGUGGUCACAACAGAAGACCGAAUCGGGACCCGUCACUUCAAAUGCGACCCCGGAUUCAGCUCACGCGAGCUCCGCUUCUCUGUACGAACUUAAACUGGUCCAGGUCUUGUUCCGCCACGGUGCUCGGACGCCACUCAGGUCUAUACCUGAGGUGAUGGAGGCUCAGUGGGUCCCAACGCUCCUGGAGGCUCCACCACACACACACAUCAACUACGUGGUGACGGAUCUUGAGGGUGGACCGCAGCCUCCGGCUCCUCUAGAGGACAACUACAGGAGAAACAUACUCAGUGGUGGAACCUUCCCUGGUCAGCUGACCAAGGUGGGUAUGCAGCAGCUGUAUGAGCUGGGCGAGAGGUUGAGGAAGACAUACAUAGAGGAGACACCUUUCCUUAGCCCCACCUUUAUCCCAACAGAGGUCUAUGUGCGCUCCACUAACAUUGUAAGGACUAUUGAAUCUGCCAGGUGCCUGAUAGCUGGACUCUUCCAGCAAAAACAGAAAGAUAUCGUGUCCAUCCUAACAACAGAGGCCGAAUCUGAAAUUCUCUACCCUAACUAUCACGGAUGCAAGCUGCUCAAAGUCCUCCUCAGCCCCCGCUGGGCUGAGGUGUCCACUCUGCCUGGCAUCGCUGCAGACCUGCAGAGUAUCCUGAGUGCAUUGGGGAUUGAAGCUCACCAGCACGUCGACUUCAUCCUCAUUAGGGAUGACAUGGUUGCCAGAGAGACGCACGGCCUCCCCAGCCCGCCUGUGCUGAGCUCCUGGAGGAAUACGGUGGAAGAGAGAGCUGUGGACAUGAUUUGCCACCUCUACGAACCCAGCAGGAGGGAGAAGCUGCAGCUGUCGGUGGGAGCCCUCUUCCAUGUGUUGUUAGACAAUAUUGAGAAGAAACUAGAGGGCAGCUCAGCAGAGGCGAACAGGAAGUUGUUCCUGUACUCGGCUCAUGACACCACUCUGAUCCCCUGCCUCAUGGCUUUGGAGAUCUUUGACAUGAAAUGGCCACCAUAUGCUGCUGAUGUCACCCUGGAGCUGCACCAGAACCGGAAGACGGGCGACACCUUUGUUAAAGUGUCGUACAUGGGUCAGGAUCAACUCAUACCAGGCUGCAGUGGAGUCUACUGCCCCCUGCAGGAGUUCAAACAGGUCGUCUCUACGUACACACUAACCUCUGAACUCUACCAUUCUCGCUGUACCAGCACCGGAGAACAGGCUGAACCCUGAACAUAGAAGAAACACAAAACCAUCUUGACAUAACACUGAGUAACUCAUGAUGUCCUUCCAUCCAAUCACAAUCAGGACUUUACACAUCCGUUCAAAAAGCUGAUCUUUCUUUAACAAUAAAUGAGUUGUUUUAAUGAUUUUUUUCAAUAUGUUUGACUGUGUAGUAUCUACUUCACACCAGAUGUGCUCUUGCCUGCAGUUUACAUGUAUUCAUCUAGAAUUAGCAGCACCUUUUUGCAUCAAAUCAGUUUGUACCUGCUUUUACCCCCAGAUUGAUUUUCACUUAACUUAUCUCAGCUCACAUCAUCAUCUUGUUUAAAGGCUGGUUAACAAAAGGGAGAUUUCACUAGUUAGAUGACGUGCUGUUGAAUGUAUCAAAUGAUUAUGUGGGACCGAGUUUUACAUUAUAUUAAUGUACCAAAUAAGCCUUUAGAUUGAUAUGAGUCUUGUAAUUUGUGCUGGUUUUCCUGCCUAAGGAAUAAAUACAGUAUUAUCUGCCUUUUCCUCA